UUUAUUAUUAUUAUUAGAAUUUUGUUUGAUCAAUAACAAAAUGGCAACUCCUGCCCGAAUGUUUUUGGGUGGACGUAUUGAUGGUUGCCGCUCGACUGAAUGUUUUCAACCGUGCGCGCUGUAUUUCGAUAGUUAACCCGUCGUCCCGAUGACCAGGGCAGCUGCGCUAUAUGAGCCACCAUAAAAUUGGCGGCGAAGACAUUUAUAUUUUCCUCCUCAAUGACCUUAUAAGACUGCAUCUUUUAUGGAUAGACUAUGAUAAUCAAUCGGGACAUUUAUUUUUUGUAGCGCAAAAGGAAGCGGUGCCCUUAAUGAUUAAAUAAUUUGGCGUUUUUUAAUUUUUUUAUUUGCGCUUAACAAAUGAGCCCAUGUGACUGAUCAGGGUGUGGCGUCAUCGAAGCGUUUCCAAGAGGACGAGGUGUGUGUUGAUUUCUCAACAGAGGGGACCGUGGAGGCAGAACAGGCAGUUUGAAACAACAGACUGGUGGUGGUGAUGAUGGUGUGAAUAAAGGUUACAUGACCUAAGAUUCGGUGGUUUUAUUUUUUUGUUGAUUUCACAUGAUAUACAAUGUGUGCAAUGCAAUGUGGGGAAAGGAAGUUGGUGGGGCUGACCAACACUGUUAUGCUAAGAGCAGAUCAUGUCACUACAGUAUAUGUCCUUGUUUGAAUAAAGAAAUAAUACUUUAGCCAUCUCUUAACUAAUAUCGAAGUAUAUAACCAUCUCUAACCAAUCACCUACGCAUCGCGUCAUGAGCCAAUUACCAUAGCGUUUUUCUCGUCAGCGUAGGCAGAUCGUACCAGAAAUGCAUUGCGACUUGAUGACGAGAUAUUGAGGUGUAGCAGGCGGGCGCUAUAUAUCCGGCAGUUUGGAUUGGGCGAAUUCUGUCAAUCACUGCAUUGACCAAUUAAAAUGCGUCUUUCACUUUCUAUUUUGCAUUGGACAAAAGGGUGAAUUGGCCAUGCCAUUGUAAAAUCAAAUUAUUUGAUAGUUCAUUUAUAUCUUAUAUUUAACCAAUACUUUAAAGUUUGUCCUAUUUCCCAUUAGGUUUAGGGUUUAAGAAUGGCGGGUUUAUUAAAAGAAAUAAAAGAUCUCUACCCAGACGUGGCAAGAGAACUCGAAAAAGCAGAGUUCCGCAGCGACGACGAAAUCCGGACAUUGACCAGAGAGGAUCUCCAUGAACUGCUUCGUGGCCCUAAGAAGCUCAAGCAGAGAAAGGCCGUUUAUGAACUGAUACACCAGCAGAAGCCAAUUGGGGAUCUUUUAAAAGACUUAAAAGAUGUUAUCCCUGCAGAAUCUUUGAAAGCUGCCCUGACAGAGAAUGGGGUCUUGAGUGGCUACCUGCAGAUCAUGAAGGACUUGACGUCCCAAGUAGGAAAGGUCCAAUCCUUUUUGCAGGAACAUGUGAGCCUGCUGGAGGAACACAGCUAUAAGGCGGCGAAAGUGCCACGCACAGGAAGUAAGGCGCAAAAAGGUAGCAAUUUACCUCCAACACCAACAGGAACACACCCAGGAAGCAAUGUGCAAAAAGGUAGCAAUAGACCUCCAACACAAACGGGUUUCGGGCAGGCUAAGGUAGUCCCCAGUUCAAGCUCUCCAGAGAGCGGUCAAAGAGAUGGCUUUGACCUUAGAUCAGAUACUUACCCAGAUCCUCAUCCCAGCAACGUUGACCCAGAUGAGCCACUAGGAGCCCACAAAGCACAGCCUGUAGCAGAGGUUUCAUCCUCUGUUUCCACAGAGCAAAUGAGAAAGACUGAAAAACUCCCUACUCUAACAUUCUUGUCUAUUGUAUCUGGCGAUACGUUUAAAUAUGAAAAUAUCAUAUUGGACCGGUUGAGGAGCCGGGGAAAAAUGAUUCUGGUGAACACAGAGGACAGCCCCAAGCUCCUUAUUGUGUUUUGCAAAAUCGAGUCAGAGUUUGACGCAGACUGCCUCGCUAUUAGAAUGUCUAUCCCAGAGUCAUUGUUUGACACACCUGUCAUUUUGGUUAUGAUGCAUCACACAAUGAAACACAACAAAGGACUCAUCCAGAAGCCAGGGCCAUCCCUCAAGAAAUGGAACAUUGUGUUGGUUGUCAACAUUUUCUACCACGUAACCUUGCGUGGGUUGCUGAUCGGCGACAUGAACAACCAGGCGGUCAAUCAAAUGCACACGUUAUUACUGAAAUACUGUGGAAAAAGCAUCUGCGACAAGUGUCAACGAUAGCGACAUUGCAAUGUCGGACCCCUGCGGUCAUAAUACUAGCGCUUCCGAAUCGUUGGUUAGAUCAGGAAAUGACAAUAUGGCUUUGCUUGCUCAUGAAUGCAACACUGGUACUAGUAGUAAUGUAUUCUCCCAAAGUACUAGUAGUAGCAGCAGUUAUGGUAGUCAUGACAACCGGGGUGGUAGGGUUCCUAGUGUGGAUACACGUCCCAGUGGAAGCCAAGGCAACCCAAAAGGUAUGGUUUAUAAUGUCGCUACACGUCACAGCAGUUUGAGGGGUGAUAAUGACACAUACACUUCUGGUUUUCAUGGCAACCAAGUAGGUUAUGGUGGUAAUGCCAGAACACGUAAUAGUACGGAUGGUAAUGACCACAGUGCUGGUAAGGUAGAUCAAGGAACCAGAGCUAAGAACCCUCUCUAAGAGGAAAGGAUGGAAAUUGUUCAUCCAUGUGCUGCCAGUGCUAGUAAUGUUUUUUUUUUUUAUUCCUCAAUCAGGAAUAUUAUGUUUUGUGUGAAACAAUGGCAUCAUGGGGUGGGUUCAUAUGUUUGUAUUAGAUCAAAGGGUAGGCUUAUCUUUUUAAUGAUUAUAUUUGUAUAAUAAGGUACUGUUACAAGAAUGCUUCAUAGAUAGAAAAUAAUAUGUUAAUGAACCCCACCAUGUUGCAUUCCUUCAAGCUAAAUCGUUCAAAAAACAACUAAGCCUUCAGUUCAGAGACCAAUGUACCAAUAACCAAUGCAAUGUAUAUAAAGUAUAUAAAGCCUUAAAGAUUUACCAAAGCGUUCAAUAUGCUUCUGUGACUAUGCAAUGUAAAGAGUCCACAGAUAUUUUUACUAUGAAGUAUUUCAAAUAAAGGCAAUGGAUUAAUCCCAUUCAAUGCAUCAAUAAUGUUUUUGAGACCUGUCCAUCAAAUUGUCCAAACUCACCGGCCUACUUAACUCUUAACAAUGUAAGGUUACUUUUCAUCACGAGACUCUGUCUGGCAAUGAAGAAAGGACUUCGAUGUAAGGUAGUAAAAACUAGAGGCACCACCAGAGUGACAGAAGUAAAGUACAAAAA